UCCCGUAACUUCGACACUGUAUGCUAUUCCGCUGUCUUCCAUUCCCUGGUUGAGAUUGAUUGUCAGUUAUACCACGGAUAGUGACUAUGCGAAGACGGCCAAACCCAUAAAACACGAGGAAAUCCGCUGCUCCUCCGCGCCCUCCAGUCUCAGAAUGAUCCCUGGCAUCAACCGCCCAUUUGCCUAUGUGGCCGGUCUCCUAGGCGCUUCCACGGAUGAACUUAAGCUAAUCUUUCUCUUCCUUCUCUCAUAUCCCUUGGCGGGCAUUCUCAAGCGCUUGCCAGAUGACAAGCCAUGGAUGAAGAACGUCUUCAAUAUUACUGUCGCUGUCUUCUACCUUGUCGGCCUCUUCGACUUGUGGACUGGAUUUGCCCUUAUAGUAACCGACGCGGUGGUGACAUACUGCAUCGCGAAGUAUGUCGAAGGACCUUACAUGCCAUGGAUCGGGUUCAUCUUCCUCAUGGGACACAUGUCCGUCAGCCACAUCUACCGACAGAUUGCCAACAGCCCGAGUUCUGUGGACAUCACUGGCGCCCAGAUGGUGAUGGUCAUGAAGCUCUCGGCCUUUUGCUGGAAUGUGUGGGAUGGCAAGCAGAAGCCUGAGCAGCUUAAUGAGGAGCAGAAGGAGCGGAGCUUGAAGCAACUGCCCUCUGUCCUGAAUUAUGCUGGCUUUGUUGCGUUCUUCCCUUCGAUCAUGGUCGGCCCGGCUUUCGACUACGUGGACUACGAGCGCUGGCUGAAUGGUAGUAUGUUCGACCUGCCACCCGGUACGGAUCCAAUGAAAGCACCACCAACGCGAGGCAAACGACGAAUCCCACGAAGUGCUACACCGGCUUUGAUCAAGAUGGCGAAAGGACUUCUCUGGAUUCUAGUCUUUCUGCAAUGCGACCCAAUCUUCAACAAGAACGUCGUUCUUAGCGAUGGGUACAAGACCAUGAACUUCGGCUGGCGCGUAUUCUACCUUCACAUGAUGAGCUUCGUGACCCGCAUGAAGUACUACGGUGUCUGGUCUUUGACCGAUGGAGCAUGCACAUUAUCUGGGAUUGGCUACAAAGGUCUGGAUUCGAAGACAGGCAAGCCGAACUGGGACCGCUUGAUCAACAUCAGGCCAGCGGGCGUAGAGUUUGCGCAGAACAGUCAUGCUUACUUGGGCAACUGGAACCUCAAUACCAAUCACUGGCUGCGGAACUAUAUGUACCUUCGUGUCACGCCGAAGGGCAAAAAACCAGGCUUUCGAGCAAGCAUGGCUACAUUUGUGACGAGUGCGUUUUGGCAUGGCUUUUGGCCGGGUUAUUACAUGACUUUUGUGCUUGCGAGCUUCAUCCAGAACAUCGCCAAAAACUCGCGCCGCCUCCUCCGACCAUUCUUCCUCACUCCGGACGGCCGUCCCACGCCCCAGAAACGCUACUACGACUUCUUCACAUGGCUUGUGACACAACUCGCUUUCUCCUUUACCACAGCUCCAUUCGUCCUGCUGUCCUUCCACGACAGCAUGCAAGUCUGGGGGCGUAACUACUUUUACUGCAUCAUUGGCGUUGUCCUAUGCCAAACAUUCUUACUAUCGCCAGGCGCCAAGUGGUUGGCGAAGAAGGCCAAGGCGAGACAGGAAGGCGUCAAGAAGAGGCCGGAGAUGGGUCGGAGUGAGAGCAUGGAGAGUUUGCAGGGUGCUACGCUGGGUGUGCCGAGCGAGCCGGGGAAGGAGUUUGAUGAGAUGGUUGAUGAGGUUAUGGAGGAGGUUAAGAAGAGGAGAGGGAGUAAGCCCGGACCGGAGGGAAGUGAGUUGAGGAGGAUGGUCGAGGAGACGUUGCAUCGGACUACGGACGGGGUGAAGAAGGCGCAGUGACGCUGUCCUGCGCAUGUUAUAGUACCCCUAGAGCGAGGUGUUGUGGUGUUACGGCUUUGGCUAACGUUCGAAGCGAUGCAAUUACGCUGCAGGACUCUACGCUACUCGUCCGCCGCAGCAUCUAAUCAGAAAGCGGUGUCGCGACGUGCAGCGUACAUAUAAGGGCCAAUUGAUGUUGUGAUCUCGAACUCCUCUGUGACUCUCAUACCGACACUAUGG